AUGAAAGUGAGUAAUUCAAGAGGAAAAGAUGAGUAUAGUUACCCUGCAUGUGAAGGUGUGAUACACUUGAGUGGUCGUCGUCAUUUAUCGAACAAUUUCGUAUUCCGUUCAUUUGAGUAUUGCUCGUUUCUUUGUUUCGUUUGUGUUUCUGAUAUGCGUGUUAUAGACGAAGGAAAUGAGUGCACUUGUUCUAAUGUGCGCUUAUUUGUUGAUAAGGAUUGGUAUGGCAGUGAAGGACGCUUGGAUGAUGGCUGGAAAGUAAGUACUGGCGUGUUCGGGAAAGAGAUAGGCCUGCAUAGUGGCGUUUCUGACUCGGUUCUGUCGCCUAAAGCCAUUAACCAAGCAAGCCUUGUACUGCUGUUGCUGUUGGUUUCCCGUGUACUGAUUCCACUUUAA